GAUACAGUAAAGCACUUGGAAAUGCUAAAUGUCCUUUGUUUACAUCUUCUACCAAGUGUCAGUUUCCUUCUACCAACAACGUUUAUUGAAAAAGACAAAUCGUUGCCUUUUAUGGUGAGGAAGAUGGAAUCUUUAAAUAUGAUGAAACUCAUUUUUUGGGUUUCUCUUUUUUCUAUUGUUUUUGGACACGGAAUCCAUUUACAACCCCAUCAAAAGGAAUGCUUUUAUGAAACUUUAAGGACAAAUGAUAAAAUGUCGGUUACAUUUCAAACCAACCUUGGUGGUGAUCAGCUUGUUUCCUUAAGUGUCUAUAAUCCUCUUAAUCAACUUAUGCAAAAAGAAGAACCUAGUUCUAUGUCACAGUAUUCGUUUACUGUUAAGAACCCAGGAAAGUAUACAUAUUGCUUUGAAAACGAUGCUUUUGAUAAUGAAGCUAAAGAAGUUUUAUUUAAUGUUCAUGGUAUCAUUUAUGUUUCUGAUGAGGAUUUAGAAGCGAACAAUCCUUUGAUUGGAAAAGUACGCAAGCUUCAAGAUACUAUUUCCCAAGUAAAGUUUGAACAAGAAUAUAUCCUUGCUCGUGAACGUGUUCACCGUAACACCGCCGAAAGUACUAAUGACCGUGUUAAAUGGUGGAGUAUUCUUCAAACUGUUAUUUUACUGUCUGUUUGUGGUUUCCAAAUUAUCUACUUGAAACGUCUUUUUGAAGUGAAACGUGUUGUAUAAGCUCUGAUUUUUACUUACGCACUAAUGCAAGCUCGUCUGUUGUGUCUAAAAAUCAAGCAAAAAAAUACAUUUCUUGAGAAAAGGAUUAUCUAUUCCAUCUUUACGAAAAGAAACUGAAAUAUUGUGGGAGGAACAGUAUGAGAACGCUGGCUAAAGGAAAUGCCGAAUUUCUCCUUCACAUGGUUGUAUAGGCGUUGAUAAUUAUGUUCAUCCUAUUAGCAUCUUGUGUUCAUUUUUAUUCUUCUUUCUUCUAAUUAUGAAACUUUUGAUGUGAGUAAUACAUAUAUCAUUUUUUUUUCAAUCUCAUUUGCUUUAUUCUCUCACCUCAUUCUACGAAACGCUAGCAACACAUAUGGAGCAGUAUUGCAGUUUUCUUAUAAUACAUCCCGAAAUUCGGUUCUUGGUUUUUUUUUUUUAAUUUGUUAUGUGAUUUGAACCAUGUCUAUUGACACUCAAACUGAAUAUCAAACAAGUUGUCCUUAUCGAGGAUAAAGACUGACAACAAAAUAAAAAUAAACAUAGAAUACCUUCUUUCCUAUAUGAUUUUCUUCUGCUGAUUCCCUGCAUUCCAAUGCCUUCUUAUGGGUAUUCUUGAUUGUUACUUGGUAACUGUUACUCCUGUAAAUAUAGAUGGCAAAACUUUUCUCGUAUGUGAAUUA